AUGGCAGGAUUCCAAGGCGAAGGCUACUACGACCGCCGCUAUCGGCAAAACCCAGCCCUGGUCCGCGCUCGUCGCCCGUACCUUUUCAAGAACGCCGUUGCCGGCAUUGCGCUCGCCGCUUUCACGGCCGGAAUUUACGCCUACACAAUUCACGCCAUCGGUCAAGACGAGUUCGAGGACGUCAAGGUGCCCGAGACCCCGAGGCAACCGUCAAACAUCAAAAUCCAGCAGCCAUCUUCGUCAUGA